AUGGACUGGGCCGACUUCGACGCCAGCGACAGCUCCGACGCCAGCGACAGCUUUGACGAGGCUAGCGAUAGCUGGGACAGUAGCGACGAGUCGGACAAGGAUGAGCCGGAGAAUGCCUACAACGAUGCCUUGGUCAAGAUCAAGCACUACAGCCAUGUGUACAGCGACUCGGUCACUCCAUACGGGUGUGACGAUUGGUUGCAGAUGCGCGUCGACGGCGUCGAUGGUCUCCUCUCGUGGCCGCUGCCAGAGCACCGAGUGCGACAACUGGCGGCGCUGGCUGGCGACACGAACGCCAUUCCCGCCGACAAGCUGUACAUCCGCAACGAUGCGUCGUGGUCCAACGAUCUACUCUAA